AUGGUUCAUCAGAUAACUAAUGAGGCUGCUCAUUCUAUCUCCCUUCCCUUUCUCGGGAGGGAUCUGAAUGAAGUUAGAUCAUCAUCUUGUGAUGCUGAUGCUUGCCUCGAUAUCUUUCAACAAGCGCAAACGCCCGAUUUUUUUCGAUCCGUAGCAAAGGCUAUGCAACUCCGCCAGGCUUAUCUACGCGAUGGCUGCAUCUUCAUCAGUGGAGAAAAUCUGAUACCCAUUUUAAAGGGGAUUGGGGCGAGAGAAGAAGAUUUUGAAAAGCUCAAGGAGGUCAGCCAUCAUCUGGACCCGGACCCAACGGUGGAUUAUCGAACUUUGAGAAGUGGAAGAUUCUCUGUGGAUAUGAGGGCUGGAACUAUCGAGCGACUCCAAAGACAGCCCUUCGUUCUGACAAUGGUUGAGAACUACAAACGACACGACUCGGACAUUCCUCGUGAUUUCGGUGACUUUGACGAAAAUCAUCAAAACAAUACCGUCGUUCAGGCUAUGCUCGUUUUCAAAGCCUGGGUCACUCAAGACGUCCCUGUGCUGGCUCGCCCCGGUAUAGACUACGAUAAGGAUAUGGUCCUUACAGAGAUUUUCAACGUGCAUACCUUCACGAAUGAGAAAAUCCAGGGAUAUCCGGCUUUGGAAGGUGUGCACCAGGACGGAUCCGAUCAUACCAUGACUGUAAAGCUUGGAUCUUCCAACAUUACUGCUGACUCUGGGAUCACAUUUGUUCAUGCUCGGGAUGAGACAACGGGCGUUCAGCAUUCCGAGACGACGAUGGAGCUGCUCAAAGGCCGAUAUCAGCACCGUGACUUUCUAGACACGUUGCUUUUCACAGACAACAGUUUCAAGCACAGUGUGACCCCGGUCUACGCACUAGACAAGAGCCAGCCGUCUUACAGAGACAUGUUCGUUAUAUUUUCUCGCAAGCCAAGAAGUGAGGAUCAUUCAUCCGGAUUUCCGGACUCUUUGGAGCCGCACAAGAAAUUCAAACUCAAGUUUCCGAUCUGGCUUCCCCCUCUCCCAAAGCCUCGCGCCUGUGGUCAACCACAUCUCAGGAAGCAAAGUAUGCCUUUCCAGAAGUACACCCUUUCUUUAUUCAUAUCCGCCAAUGGCGAGAUGAUGCCUUCUCUUGAUGGAAAUUUCGGAACACAUAUUCCUGUUAAUUCUUGA